AUGCUUUCUCUUAAAGCUUUUUUGGCCCUUUCUCUGUCUAUUCAUCUUAGCCAGGGUCUUGUGGCUAGCGUCUCGCACCGUCGCGCUAAUGCAUGCACUGAGCUCUCACGAAGCUACCCUGACAGUACCAUUCACCCUGGAUCUUCAGUCUUUGCCGAAGAUGUAAUUGAGCCCUGGUCUCAGACUUGUCAAACUACGCCCACGUGUGUUUUUGCCCCAGCUUCGGCCGAGGAAGUAGCCGGUGGCUUGGCUAUCCUUCGUAAAGCCGACCAGACCUUUGCUGUUCGCACCCAAGGGCAUAUGCCCAUUCCUGGCGCUGCCGACAUCAGCAAUGGCGUGCUCAUGGUUACCACUAGCCUGAAUAGCGUACAGUACGCAGACGACUCUAAAUCUGUUGUCCAGAUUGGCGCAGGAAACCGUUGGCUGGACGUUUACAAAGUGCUUGCCAAAGACAACCUUGCCGUUGUCGGUGGACGCUUUGGACAGGUCGGAGUGUCUGGCCUUCUGCUUGGUGGAGGUAUCUCUUAUUUCAACAGCGACCACGGUUGGGGAGCGAACAGUGUCGUCAAUUACGAAGUUGUGCUCGCCAACGGUACUGUAUGCGCGGCAAAUGCGCAACAGAACUCCGACUUGUACUGGGCCUUAAAGGGCGGUUCUUUCAACUUUGGUAUUGUCACACGUUUCGAUUUGGCAACCUUUUCGGUUCCAUACAUGUGGGGGGGUAGCGCUUUCUACGACGCCUCGGCUUUGGAUCCCUUGGUCAACGCAUACGCAAGCUACGCUGUCGCAUCCGGUGGUUCCAGCGAUCCUGCAGCUCAUUCUGAUCCCUCGAUCCUGUACAACGUGACUACUGGCGAGGUAUCGGGCUAUGGUAUCUAUAUGCACAGAGGUGACGACCCGGCACCUGCUGCUCUCAAGAACUUCACCGAUAUACCUUCUACAUUCCAGGACUUCCGUGUUGGAAAGACAAUUCUGGGCCUGGAGAACGACACGACUCCUGUGAACUUUGGAGUAGGAAAUCGGAGACAGCUUUUUUCGUCCACUGCUUUGGCUUCCAGCGCUGAGGCAGUGUACUUGGUCAACCAGACUUUCUUCGACGUGAUUGCAGCAAACCCACAGAUCAAGACCACGACGGAUCUCAGCGUCACCAAUACCUAUCAGCUUUUCACCCCUGGUAUGAUCAGAGCCGCAAAAGCCUCGGGUGGAGAUCCGAUAGGGCUCUACGACCCACUCGGCAACGGGGUUCUGGCUGUUCUGUACGGCGGUAACUGGGCCGAUGCCAAGGAUGAUGAGAUAAUCUACAAGUUCUUCCAAGACAUGAUCGAUGAGCUCGACAACAGGGCGAAGAAGUUGGGCCUUUACUAUGAUUUUGUUUACUUGAACGACGCAGCACCCACUCAGACCAAGGACAUCUUCCAGAAGUUCUCGAACGGAACAGCUUUGCCGAAACUGCGGGAGAUCGCUGAGAGCUAUGAUCCAGACCAGGUCUUCCAAACUUUGACUCCUGGCGGCUUCAAGCUCAUCAACAGCCCAGCAUGA